CCGGGCCUGCCGCAAGGUCGCCCAGGAAGGCUGGAAAGCACGCUCCGAAUGGCUGCUCUUAGGUUAGGGCAGCGAGGCCUGCUGGGCCGGCCUCCUUUUCCCCGCCCACCUUGGUCAGAGUACACUUCCGCUUCCGUGACCCGCUAAGGGCCACCUCCCCGACUUCCCGGCGUGCCCCGCGCCGUCUCCCUGGCAACGGCGCCCAGCGGCCGCGCUCGACUUCCCGGCACGCCCCGCGCCGUCUCCCUGGCAACCUAGGUCCCGAGUUUCGCUGGCCCCGCUGCAAGAAUGUGAGGCGCCUUUUCCGGCGUCCGGGUUACUGGCUGGCCCUUGGGCGCGCGCGGUGCUACCACCCUUCGGCCUUCACCCGAAAAGGCAUUGACCGACACUACUCGGAUGCAUUUGACCAUCUCCUAGGAGACUUGCAUGUUGAGUUUCGAUAAGCAAACAAACAGUUCUCUCUUGUUUGGAUCAAUGCUGAAAUUCCGAGAGACUGCUAAGUGUGUGAGUGGAUCAAUAGCUGUUUCCACAUGUCCAAAGCCCUUGAUCGCAAGAAGAUACACGCUUCAACAGAAACUUGGCAGUGGAACUUUUGGAACCGUCUAUCUAGUGUCAGACAAGAAAGCCAAACAAGGAGAGGAAUUAAAGGUCCUGAAGGAAAUCUCUACUGGAGAACUCAAUCCAAAUGAGACUCUGCAGGCCACUUUGGAGGCCCAGCUCCUUUCCAAGCUGGACCAUCUAGCCAUCGUCAAGUUCCAUGCAAGCUUUGUGGAGCAAGAUGAUUUCUGCAUUUUCACAGAGUACUGUGAGAGCUGUGGGGAAUAUGCUUUAAGAUAUUACACACUUAGAAAGUUUGCAAACUGUCAAGCCCUGGGAGGGUACUUCCAUCGAGACUUGAAAUCAAAGAAUAUAUUUCUGAAAAAUAAUCUACUUAAAAUUGGGGAUUUUGGAGUUUCUCGACUCCUAAUGGGAUCCUGUGAUCUAGCCACCACUUUAACUGGAACUCCCCAUUAUAUGAGCCCAGAGGCUCUGAAACACAAAGGCUAUGACACAAAGUUGGAUAUCUGGUCUCUGGCAUGCAUUUUGUAUGAGAUUUGCUGUAUGAAUCAUGCAUUCACUGGCUCCAAUUUCUUAUCCAUCAUUUUAAAAAUUAUUGAAGGCGACACUCCUUCUCUCCCUGAGAGAUACCCAAGACAGCUUAAUGCCAUCAUGGAAAGCAUGUUGAAUAAGAGACUUUCAUUGAGACCAUUUGCUAUAGAAAUUUUAAAAAUUCCUUACAUUGCUGAACAACUACAGCACCUGAUGUGCCAAUAUUCGGAAAUGAUGGAAGACAAGAAUUUGAAUCGUCAGAAGGAGGCAGCUUAUAUAAUUAAUGCUGCAGAAAAAAUCCAGACCCUGCGGGCGCUGUCUGAGGUAUAGAAAAUGACACCAGAGAGGAUGCGGCUGAGGAAGGUCCAGGCAGCUGAUGAGGAGGCCAGGAAGCUAAAAAAGAUUUUGGAAGAAAAAUAUGAAGAAAACAACAAACAAAUGCAAGAACUGAGAUCUCGGAACUUGCAGCAGCUGACUGUGGAUGUGCUCCACGUGAAGCAUUUAAUGAGAAUUGAAGAAAAGGAGGGGCAACCUGAGGGAAGGCUUUCUUCUUCUCAUGAAUUGUUCAUUACCUUCUGCAAGGAAUUUGAUGACUCAGCUUCAGAGAACCUGCCUGAGUCUCAGCCCAUUCCUUCCCUGGACCUUGGCACACUUGGGUCAAGUGUAGAGGACACCGUAGCUGACCUUGGAGAUCACGCGAAGAUGAGCUGGAAACUCACACUGGAUGAGGGACCUCCGCUUCUACAUGAGUUAAACAGCAUCACUACUAACAUGUGUAAGACUGUGAAUGCUCUGAAGUAA